AUGAACUUGGUCAAAGUCAGUAUCCAAUGAAUGAGUGGGUCAGUGCUUAUUGUGACACACGGCAGCCAGUGGGUCUAGGCAACAAGAAGUCAGUCAGACUGGGGAGGACCUGGAGAAAUGAUCAGGGGGAGGAAGGAGGCUAAGGGUUAUGGAGCAGGAGGGAGGAAUCCAAGAGGUUAUAGACCAAGAGACAAAUGCUGAGGUGAAGAGUAGGGAGCUGAAUGAGACAGUUCAGGAGCAGAUCGCAGAGCUGGAGAUAGGCAAUCAGGAGAAUGCUUUAGAGCAAGAAGAAAGAAUACAGGAAGAUAGCACAGAGCUAAAUGGAGAUAUCCCAGAGGAGAAUGGAAGGGAUUGUGAGUUUGUGGCUGGAGCUCGGCCAAAGAUCAAAGAGCAAGUUCAAGGAGGACAGGAAGAAUUUACAGAACAAUCUGCAGAAGCCCUAACGAGGAAUGCAGAAUCGGUUGGAACAGGCCAAGAUUUGUUCAGAGGGUUUUCAGUAGGAACUCACAAGAAGAUCCUGAGGCAGGUUGGGAGAUCCUGGGAAGAAGUCACAGAGAAAGUGGGAACAGGGCAGGGCCAGAUGGCAGAACAAGACAGCCAAGACCAAGAGGCAGGCCUAAAGCUAGUCAGGGACCUGUUGACAGUUGUCACCAGAUCUGACCUUCCACAUGAAGAAAAGUUGGAGUUGGAAUUUGUGACCCUUCAGUUUAUGAUGGGAGGCAAUGUGCAUUUGCUUGGGGAGUUGCAAAGCCAAGCGGUGGUGGAGAACUUCCGACAGGAAGUGUUUGCAAAAUUCCCUAUACCAGCUUUCCAUGUGACCAGCUCAGUGAUCUGCUGUGAUCAAGCUGCCAGCCAGUGGCCUGAGAGGUCUCAGCUUCUGAAAGAAAAUGGCUGUUCCAGGCAACAAGAAAGAAUCUACUCCCAGCUCAUCUUCUUCCUGUGCAGAGCCCCUUUCCUUAAGUCUUGGGAUCAACUGGAUCGAUUGGCCGAAAUGCUACACAAGCUGAAGAACUGCAUCUAUUAUAACCCAGUGGCCUUGGUUGGAGUCAUCGUGCAGGUGGAUCCAGACCCAGGACUGGAUGCAGAACAGGAGGCCCGGGCACGGCGCUGGCUGAGGUGCUUGCUAGAUGGGUUCUUUUGCUGCGAUUUGUUGUUAGACCAUGAUGGGACAGAGCCAGAAGUUCAAGUCCAGGUAGCUGUCUAUCAGUCAGGCCAACCCGAAAGAGCUUUAGAAGUCAAGAGAGCAGCUUGUCAGGCAAUUCGAGCAGCCCUGAAGUUCUGAAUGGGCACUACUGAUGACCACUCUGAUCACAUGAGAUCUCCAGUACUGUGCAAGAUCUCACCAUCCCUGGAACAUCAUUUAAAAUUCAGAUUAUUCCCUCCAAAUUUUCUCUCUGUGUGCUUUAAUUUUGGAAUAGUUUAUGCAAGCAUGAACAUGUCUUCACAGGUGGCAGCCCGGGGCUGUUCUUGUCUGGACUUGCUAAACAGGGUCAGGCCUGUUUAAAGGUUAAUGGGAAGCCCUCAGGGAUGCCAAGGCUGGAGUCUAGUUUGGGAAGUGUCUGUCUGUCCGUCAAUCCAUCCAUCCAUAUAGGAAGAAAACUAUUUCUGUAUUGCUGCCAAAAAAACUUCAUGGAACCUCACUUGGCAUCAAGUUUGACUUGAAAAAGCCUUUUCUUUUAGUAUGAAAAAGCCUAGCUCUUAUCACCCCAAUCAUAGAAGAAAUUUAAGGUCUAGGCAGUAGACCCAUUUGAUAAAUUACUGUCAGUUAAGAUUUAAAUACAAAACUGAGACAGAAGAAGAAAUA